GUACAGCUGACGUAGUUCGGGCGGAAGGACUUCACACCUUCUUACAGCGAGGAGAUCGAGCCCGUCUCGUUACCAUAGAGGGAGAUAUUAAUCCCAGAGAAACCGAUCCCUCUAUUUACAAACCCCAUGAAAUGACAACAGAACAGAUCUACCAGCGAGAGGACCGGAAGUCGGAGUAGAGAGCGCCCCAGACCAGAAGUCAUCCUGUCUGUCCUCGCUGGGGAGCACUCUCUGAUCCCGUCAGGAGCUCAGUGUUAUGGCGGAGUCCAGUGUGCAGGCGGCGGGGGGAGGAGCCACGUCCAGCACCGUGACCACCGAGAGCGAGACGCAACCGGAACAUCGGUCUCUCACCUUGAAGCUAAGGAAGAGAAAGCCCGACAAGAAGGUGGAGUGGUCAUGUGACACGGUGGACAAUGAGCACCUGGGGAGACGCUCGUCUAAAUGCUGCUGUAUAUACGAGAAGCAGAGAGCAUUCGGGGAAAGUUCAACAGAGAGUGAGGAUGAGGAUGAUGAAGGCUGCAACAGCAGUCACUGUAUCCGAGGCCAUAAGAAGGGAGGGGGGCACGGACCUAGAGAGACCACCCCACCAAGCCACGAUAGUGCGGGCCGUAUGCAGCACUGAAACAGCUGAGAGGGAGACGCAGUGCAUCCUUUAUUAAAUGCUUACUGAAUAAUCAUAAGGGCCUGCUGUCUCCUUAUUAUUGUGAGAGCAACAGCAGCAGCAUGACGCGUGGUCUCUGUAACUGUCUGUUUUGCUGGGGCAUCCAGGGCACUUGUAAGAAUGAUGAGAGUGACACAGGCAGAUUUAUAGAGGGAUAAUGAACCGGUCACCCUGCGAGUGCCAGAUAGGAGUACAAUGUACUGACUUCCCCUCUGGCACUCACAUGUGGCUCACUUGGAAAAUACAAAAUAAAGGAUAAAAAAUAUAUAUAUAUGCCUCGAUCUUAGAUGCAAUCUCAGAUAGCUCUGUAACGAACACUAUCCUAUAGAUACAGUUCUUCUCUCAGCUGUCAGAGCAUGGAUUCAUUGAAUGUACGUGCAUGUCCCGUCUCUCUGGCUUUCUCCCUGUUUCGCUCUCCAUCUCCUUCCUUGCCCUUUUCUGAAUGGAAAUUUUAGUAGUCAAUUGAAUGUACUUUUCCGUGAGAUAUUCCUCUAAACCAGGGGUAGGCAACCUUCGGCACUCCAGAUGUUGUGGACUACAUCCCCUAUAAUGCUCUGACACCCAUAAUCCUGGCAAAGCAUCAUGGGAGGUGUAGACCAAACAUCCGGGGUGCCAAAGGUUGCGUAUGCCUGCUCUAAACCCUCAGGCUAUCCAUGCUGUUUCAGUUCUCGUAAUGCCAAUUCUAGAAAAACAAUGCAACUUAUUUAUUAAACUUUAUUCUGUUUUGGAGUGAAGCAUUCCCAUGAUUCUUUGCCAGCGGGAGAGCAAUCUGUUGGCUACCAAUGGUAUAAGAGAAUAGAGGAAUUAAUGACACACAGCUCCUUUGCUCGAGGGUUAAUCUGUGCCUUCCCCUCUAAUUUCUACCCGGGUACCAAAUUACCACUCCUGCUGCUCUCUAAACCAUCCAUGCAUUCCAUUUUCAGCACAGCAAUCAAGAUACACCAUGGUCAAACACAGCUGGCUUUACAAGUCCCCCCCCCCCUAACAUCAUUGGCUUUGGUUAACCAGAUCAUUACUGGGUUGUUUUUUUUCCUCAAUCUGUAUAUUGUGAUUUUAUGUUUUUGGAAAUUAAAAGAUUUUUUUUGUUUGGUA